AUGGAGAGAAACAAUCACACAGUCACUGAGUUCAUCCUGGUGGGCUUCACAACAGACCCCAGGAUGCAGCUGGUCCUGUUUGUAGUGUUUCUUGGCAUCUACUCCGUGACCCUGGUAGGAAAUACCACCCUCAUAGUGUUGAUCUGUGAUGACUUCUGGCUGCACAUACCCAUGUAUUUUUUCAUUGGGAAUCUGUAUUUUCUGGAUCUCCGUUAUUCCUCUGUCUACAGCCCAAAGAUCCUAGUGACGUGCAUCUCUGAAGACAAAAGCAACUCCUUCACUGGCUGUGUAGCCCAGUUCUUCUUCUCUGCUGGGCUGGCCUACAGUGAGUGCUAUCUAUUGGGCAUGGCUUAUGACCACUAUGUGUCAUGUUCCAACCCCCUGCUUUAUGCCCAGGCCGUGUCAAGGAGACUCUGCCUCUGUUUGGUUAUAUAUUCCUACACUGGAGGUUUUGUCAAUGCAAUAAUACUCACCAGCAACACAUUCACAUUGAAUUUUUGUGGUAACAAUGUUAUUGAUGACUUUUUCUGUGAUGUCCCUCCCCUGGUGAAGUUGGCAUGUGAUGUGAAAGAGACGUACCUGGAUGUGCUAUACUUCCUCCUGACCUCCAAUGUCAUCAUUCCCAUUGUGCUCAUAGUAGCAUCCUACCUCUUCAUCAUUGCUGCCAUCCGGAGGAUCCGCUCUGCCAAGGGCUGCCUUAAAGCCUUCUCCACAUACUCCUCUCAUUUGAUCUCUGUCACCUUGUACUAUGGCUCCAUUCUCUACAUCUGCUCUCGUCCAAGUUCCAGCUACUCCCUUGAGAGGGAAAAGGUGGUGUCUACAUUUUACACUGUGCUCUUCCCCAUGUUGAACCCCACGAUCCACAGUCUGAGGAAUAAAGACGUGAAAGAAGCUCUGAAAAAACUCUUCAGGUUAAUGUACUCCGAAGUCUAA